AUGGACGGCUGCUGCCCCGGCUCCUGCCCCGGCUCCACCGGCUCCUCCUGCUCCUCCUGCCCAGCUCCGGCUCCGGCUCCAGCACCGGCUCCGGUUCCAGCUCCAGCUCCAGCUCCAGCUCCAGCUCCAGCUCCAGCUCCGGCUCCGGCUGAGGGCGCAAAUCCAGAGGGGGCUGAAGGGGAGGAAGCCCCUCCUCCUCCACCUCCACCCGUCGUCUACUCCCGUUACGCAGACGACACCCUCAGACAUGUCAUCCAGAUGUUAAAAGAGCGAACGGAGGUGCUCAAAGAGAAAGUCAUUGACCCAUAUGCCACGUCUCCAGAAAUCACUCCACCCGUCACACCCAUUCUGAGGAAAGAUGAUUACAUCCGACUUAAAGAAGAGGAACGGAUAGCUAAAGAAGAGGCAGACAAGAAGAAGGCAGAGGAAGCGGCCAAGAAGGCGGAGGAGAAAAAGAAGAAGGAUGAGGAGAAAAGGCUGGAGAAUGAGAAGAAAGCGGAGGAGGAGAGACUGGCAGAGGAGGCCAGGAAGAGGGAACAGAUCCUCCCGGACAUCAACUGUUCCUGCUUCGACGUCCUCUUCCAACCGGUGGAGGAGAUGAUGGACAAAGUCCUGGGAAACACCAUUGAUCCUUUCACAGAUCGUCGCUAUAUUGCCUGGUUGGCGGUCGUCGCAGUGGCAUACAACUACAACGUGUGGUUCUGCACUGCUCGCCUGGCCUUCCCUUACCACAACGAAACAACCAACCCAUUCUGGAUAUUCUUUGACGUUCUGUCUGACGUUGUGAACGUCAUAGACAUCAUGGUUUGGCAGCCGCGACUGCAGUUUGUCAAAGCCGGAGACAUCAUCAAAGACCGAACUCUGACGAAGGUGCAUUAUCGGAAAUCACAACGAUUUAAGAAUGACAUGGCCAGCAUCUUCCCGUUUGAUCUUCUCUGCCUGCAAUUUGAAUUCUCCUCCAUCUACCGCUUCAACCGCUUCAUCAGGGUCGAAUCCUUCUUUGAGUUCAGCGACAGACUGGAGAGCAUCAUGGCCAAAGCUUACAUCUGGAGAGUGGCCCGGACCACAGGCUACCUGCUCUACGUGCUCCACAUCAACGCCUGCAUCUACUACGUGGCGUCGGUUAACCAGGGCCUGCGCUCCACCACGUGGGUGUACGACGGGCAGGGCACGGCGUACCUGCGCUGCUACUACUACGCCGUCCGCAGCCUCAUCAACAUCGGGGGUCUUCCAGAACCCGUGACGGUCUUUGAGAUCAUAUUUCAGAUGACCAACUUCUUCAUCGGGGUCUUUGUGUUCUCCAGUCUGAUUGGACAGAUGAGAGACGUCAUCGGAGCAGCGACGGCAGGUGAGACGUACUUCCGAGCGUCCAUGGAUGGAUGCGUGGACUACAUGAACACCUACACCAUCCCUAAACUGGUCCAGAACAGGGUCCGCACUUGGUACAACUACACCUGGGCGGCUCAGGGAAUGCUAGAUGAGUCAGAGCUCCUGGAUAAGAUGCCUCUGGUGAUGAAGACUGCCCUCGCUGUGGACAUCAAUCUGGCCACCUUUCAGAAGAUUGCACUGUUUCAGGGCUGCGACCAGCAGAUGUUGGUAGACAUGUUACUGAGGCUCAAGUCCAUCAUCUACCUGCCAGGAGACUUUGUGGUGAAGAAGGGUGACAUCGGUAAGGAGAUGUACAUCAUCAAGAGUGGGGCGGUGCAGGUGGUGGGAGGACCUGACAACAGCAUUGUGUUUGUCACGCUGAAGGCCGGCUGCGUGUUUGGAGAAAUCAGUUUACUACAGUCUGCUAAAGAUGGGGGCAACAGGCGCACGGCCAACGUGAAAGCACACGGCUUCGCAAACCUCUCUGUCCUGGAAAAGAAAGACCUGUUUGACAUCCUGGUCCACUACCCAGAGUCCCAGAAGGUUCUGGCCCGGAAGGGCAGGGCACUGGUCAAGGCCAAAGCUCCAGGAGGAGGCAAGGAGGACAAGCCGAAGGGUCUAACUCUGUUUGGACCCAAACCACAAACACCAAAGCUCCUCAGACUCUUCGCCAACAUUCGCAAAGCUAAGAAAAACGCAGAAGAGCAGAAGUGAGAGCGGGAUCUGUCACCAUCUCAUCGCUGCAUUAUUUUAUAUAUCUACUUCCUUUAGCUACUGAGAAAACACUCAGGCG